AUGUUGUCUCCAGCAGACAACAGCCUACGGCUCAGAGCACAGUCCCCACCAGAAACCGUGUGUCCCACAUCUUCACUCUUCACCAGUACCCUGGACUGUGAAGCGAAAAGACGACAAAUACUUAUCCCCAUGAAGGAGUCAGAUCUGUCGCCAGUGACAGGUCGCCUGAAGGAGGAGAUCACCCAGCGGCACGUGCAGCAGGUGGCUCUAGGUCGCCUGAAGGAGGAGAUCACCCAGCGGCACGUGCAGCAGGUGGCUCUAGGUAUCUCAGAAAACAUCCCGGUGCCCUCAGUGCCAGACCAGCUGGAAGAGAAGCUGCGAUCACAGCUGGAGGAAGAGAAGAGAAGAUACAAAACGAUGUUCGCGCGCCUGAAGGCCCUGAAGGUGGAGAUAGAGCAUCUGCAGCUGCUCAUGGACAAAGCCAAGGUGAAGCUGCAGAAAGAGUUUGAAGCCUGGUGGGCCGAGGAAGCAACCAGCCUGCAGGUAAACUCGCCAGCAGUGACUGCAUCGAAUCACAUGAAGCCCUUUCCCCAGAUGUCAGAAGCCCAGCAUGAAAGGUCCCAGCCCCUCUCUAACAAGAGCAUCCCAGAGAGGCCAGUGUCAUCUGUCCCUCUCACAGGGGACAGCCAGACGGACUCCGACAUCCUGGCCUUCAUCAAGGCCAGACAGAACAUCCUGCAGAGGACAGGUUUCCAGUAAGCACCGGCGGUGCAUUGCGGCGGCAAGAACGGACUCCAGACGAAGGUCUCGGCUCCAGCAGGGAUCUGUGGCCUGCUGGAAGCAAUUGGUGACCUGGAUCCCAGUCGGGGGGUUGUGUUUCUUUAAGGAUGGAGCCCUGGAUGCUGCCAGUGGGGCUGGGGCCAGGCUUACGGUGCUGUCCUUGCUGUGGGUGCAGGAGCCGUGGGCAGCCAGGCAGUGCCGGGUUCUAGGGGUGGAAUGAGGGCUUUAGCUCACCCUUGCUGUGGUCUUACACAUAGACGACUACAAGCCUUUGAGAUCCUAAAACAGUACCAUCCUAGCUCAGUGGCAGGGAAGCUCACACUGGUAGAAGGAGGCGGAAAUGAUAAUGGGUUAUCUUUAGCUAUGGAGUUGGCCAAAAAGUUUGUAUGGGUUUUUCUGUAACAUCUUACAGGAAAAUUCCAAAUGAACUUUCAGCCAACCCAAUAUUUUCCCGCCACUCCCCUGCCCCAGCCCCUUGUUGAGACGCCCAGGAAUGGCUGGGGCAUCCACACAGCAGGUCAGACCAAAGACAAGGCAGUGGACAGCAGCAGGGCAUCUGGGUGGCCAGCCCUGCCCUCCCAGGCCAGACUCCGCAGCAUCACUCUUACGGUCCAGAUGACCCACGGGUGACAUCUGAAUCAGCUGCGUCUCCAGGGAGCCAUCCCUACAGCUGCGCCCGGAGGGCAGUGGACAGCUCCCGGGAGCUCCACUGAGAACCGAGAGGAGCAGUGUGGGUGCCUUGGGCCUCCCCUUCACCCCGUACCUCGGGGCUGGGCAGGGUUUGGGUCGGUUCUCCCCACUCCCACAGAGGACCGCAUCUCAGAGAGCUCUCUCAGCACUCCCGGCCCAGGGCCAGCGGAGGGUGGGCCGCCCCUAGAGGCCCUUGGGGGGACUGCCACCCACCUCAGGAUGCUGGCAGUAAGUCCAAGCCAGCUGCAGGGGGGUGGGCAGGGGGAAGGGGAG